AUGGGGUUGAGGCUAUUAAAAAAUGUUGAUACUGUACAAGAAGCUAGGGGAAGAGCAAAAUCAGUGAUCAACAACCUCAUAGAUUCCUGCUUGUUAUUAGUCAGUGAUGAACGAGGUUGCAUCAAAAUGCAUGAUCUUGUACGUGAUGUUGCCAUAGUAAUUGGAUCCAGUAAGUAUUUUGUAAGAGUUGGUUGUAGUUUGAAAGAUUGGCCAAUGGAUUGUUUGGAUCAAUAUGAUGGCAUAUCAUUGAUGAGAAAUAAAAUCAGUGACCUUCUUGAUGUCUUAGAAUGUCCAAAGCUCAAAAUAUUAUUAUUACAAUACAACAAAAUUACAUUGUCUUGCUCACAUGAAUUCUUUUCAGGGACGAAGGCACUGAGAGUUUUAGAUUUGAGCCAAGAUUUCUACCUUCCAUUUUACAAUCCAAUUCGGCAUCCUAAUGCUUUCAAUGACCUGACAUGUUUUCGAACAUUAAUUCUUGAAGGAAUUAAGAUUCAAAACACUAAAUUUCUUGGACAAAUGAAGAAACUUGAAGUCCUUAGCUUCAGGUGUGCCUUCUUUUUUGAGGCACCAAAUGCUAUAAGGGAGUUAACUAAGCUAAGGUUGUUGGACAUGACUUAUAGCCAUAAUGAAUUUCUCAUUCCAGCCGAUGUGCUAUCACCUUUAUCCAAUUUGGAGGAGUUGUACUUGUUUCAAACCAGAUCUAAGAUGAUGGAUGAGGACUCUGCAGUAGAAGUAGCUGUUGCACUAAGAGCUUGGCCUUGCCUAAAAGUGCUAACCAUUUCCAUACCCAACAUUGCAUGUGUACCUAAAGACUUUGUUGUUCCUGAGCUGGAAAGUUUUAUUAUUUUUAUCGAAACAUCAAGUGGGGUAGGUGAUUAUUCCCCAAAUUAUUUGGAACUUGUAAAUUUGGUUGGACCCAUGGUUAAUUGGAGUAAAUGCUUAAAGUUGUUGUUGAAGAGAGCUACACGUCUACUUUUGGGGCAUUUGCAAGACAUGAAGGACAUUUUUCCUAAUUUACAAGCCAAUGUAGAUGGUCUGAAUGUCUUGGAGCAUUUGAGCAUUGAAGAUUGUUCUCAAUUCGAAUACUUGAUCAACAUAGAGGAAUGUGGGAUUUCACCACAUGCACAACCACCAGAUCUACAAUUGCUCUUUAACUUGGAAGAAUUGGAACUCGUCAAAUUGGAUACUUUCAAAGGGAUAUGUCCAGGUGCACUUACUACUUUAAUCUGGACAUGCUUCCCGAAGCUUAGAAGGUUGGAAGUUUACGAAUGUCCUGAACUAUCAACUGUUCUUCCAUUCAAUUUGCUUCAAAGGCUACAACAUUUGGAGAGACUUUUAGUAACAGAAUGCGCAAUUUUGGAACAAGUAUUUGAUUGUGGUCUUGAAGAAGAAGGCUUGCAGUUGCUUUCUAGUUUGAGAAUAUUUUCACUAGACCGCUUGCCUAGAUUGAAGCAGAUAUUGAAUUGCUCCAGUUGA